UCCACCUCUCUUAUAGGGCAGCAAGGGUGGGCUAAAGUGGAACAUGGACACACACACACACACAUAGCUGGUAGAGAGUGUCCGACAGUUGCUCAGUGACACACAAGGAGCAGGAAGCAAAACCUGGAGUUUCUUUUUGUUUUCAAAGAUUUUACUGGAAUCAGUUUGGCCUAUGGAGAAAGUGUGGAUAUUUAGAGGACGAUGGUCCACGGCUCCCUCUGGCAGUUUGAGUGUCUGCGUGUGAGACUGGGAUAAGACGACGAGUGACAGACAAGAACAAGAAAGAAGAAACAAAAUCCAACACACUUCAUAAUCGUGGUGACAGACGAGGGGGCGAGAUGUCGAGGCCUCCUUCCUCCCAGACCACACCUCAGUUCCACAGAGUCAGUGACAGAGAUCUCACCGAGAUAGAGCUUCACUCUGUGGACUCCAUCAACGACCUCCACCGCACACACCUCGAACACAGCAACAAAGGGAUGAGGCCUCCUCGUCCUGCUUACACACCUUCACAACAUGGGACCCUUUACACGAGUGACAAUCAAAGAGGCCAUCCAGUCAGCAGGAAAUGGCAGAGCCAUCUACAGAACCUGUUGACACCCAGUUCGUCACACGCUUAUGCCAUGAGCUGUGCCGUCAUCACUUUGCUUCUGCUAACAGUGUUUCUCAUCUUCUAUUUCCUGGUCCAGCAGGGCGGCGCAAUCCAGAUGCUGACUGAGGCAGUGCGAGAGAAAGAGGCUGCAGCCACAGAGCUGUCACUGCUGAUCCAAGAACUGCAGGCGCUGAGACACAACCUGACAUCAAUGCGAGGACAAUGGACAUGA